CGUUAUCCCAGAUGUUCCUGUGCAAAAAAACUACCGGAUCCCACCCUCCUCCUCUUCCUGUAUUGAUAUUGCAACCCCGCGUUCCCGGUUCCCCCUCCCCCGCUAAACCCCUUCUCCCGCCUCGUUCUCCUGCUCCUGCUAGCCUGCUUACUACUACUAGUUUUACGCAGAAAGAAGAAAUAAAACGCCUAGGUCACUGUGUUAAGAACGUCGGAGGGUGGGCGGCUCAGCUCCGCAACCGCCCCCCAUGGCCUUCCAGCGACGCCGGCUUCAGUACCAGUACAAAAAUCGUGGCCGGCUCUUAAUCCCCGCCAUUUCCGUCAUCUCCGCUGCUCUUCUUGUCUUAUUCGUUUUGAUCUCGCUACUCGCCCCUUCCCCGACUGAUGGAAAUGGUCCCCUCCGCCUGCCCCGCCACCGUUCUUCGACGGAGACGGAGACUAGGAAUAAGGAUAGAACUAAGGACGAAGGGAAGGGAGUUCCGAAAUUUCGUGUGCCGCCCGCUCGAGGAGCCUAUCAUCGUGAUCUUUGGACUUCGACAAAUGCCAAAUUCUAUCAUGGUUGUAGUGAUGCCAGCAGCAAAUUUCCAAAAGCAGAAGCUAUCACGCGUCCCAACCGCUAUUUGUUGGUCGCAACCAGUGGGGGUCUUAAUCAACAGAGAACUGGGAUAACUGAUGCUGUUGUUGCUGCUCGUAUUUUGAAUGCCACCCUUGUCGUUCCAAAGCUAGAUAAGAAAUCCUUUUGGAAGGAUUCGAGUAACUUUUCAGAGAUAUUUAAUGUUGAUUGGUUUAUAUCAUAUCUAGCAAAAGAUGUUAGAAUUAUUAAAGAGCUUCCAUUAAGGAGAGGACACCAAUGGAUUCCACACAGCAUGCGAGUCCCAAGAAAGUGCAAUGAAAGAUGUUAUAUUACUCGUGUCUUACCUGUUCUUUCAAAAAAGCAGGCUAUCCAGCUAAACAAGUUUGACUAUAGACUUUCAAAUCGGCUGGAAACAGAUUUUCAAAAGCUUAGAUGUAGAGUCAAUUAUCAUGCUCUGAGGUUCACCAACCCCAUAAUUACCAUGGGUGAGAAAUUGGUUCAAAGAAUGCGGAUGAGGAGCAAGCACUUUAUCGCCCUUCAUCUAAGGUUUGAACCCGAUAUGCUUGCAUUCUCGGGAUGUUAUUAUGGUGGGGGAGAGAAGGAGAGGACGGAGCUUGGUAAAAUACGGAAGAGGUGGAAGACCUUACAUACUAGCAACCCAGAUAAAGUAAGGAGGCAAGGAAGGUGUCCCCUUACUCCUGAAGAAGUAGGCUUGAUGCUGAAAGCACUUGGAUAUGGUAGUGAUGUUCACAUCUAUGUGGCAUCAGGUGAAGUAUAUGGGGGUGAAGAGACAUUGGCUCCACUGAAGGCACUCUUCCCAAAUUUCCAUUCAAAA